UUUAUACAAACAAAGUGCCGCGAAAUGUGUGCGAGAACCUUUACUAAUUUCCUAAUCGUUUAUUUUGCGUUUAUUUCGGUUUUAAACGUUAAAGGAGAAAACGUUUUGGUGACUGAAGUAUUUGAAAUUGUUAUUAAUCCGUCGAUGUUUAAUUGGACCUAUGAAGGUGAUCCUCCUGAUCAAUUUGUUUACCAACCAUCUCUAUUAGACGCCCCAGAUUUACCAUCAUGGAUAAACUACGUUUACAGCAACAAACACCACGUAGGUUACCUUUAUGGAGUUCCACCAGAGAAAGAACAACACAUCAUUUUAGAAAUAAUCGCUUUAAAUCGAAACACCUACGAAACAAAACGUGUCGUCCUACCAAUUUACAUCACCCAAAAACGAUACCCCGCCAAAUACGAGGUUCAAUUAAAAAUUGACAAUUUAAAUGUUGAAGAUAUGUUCGAUGUGGAAAGAAUGGAAAGAUUAAAAGAUGUUUUUCGGAAACAAUUGUGGAAGGAUAGUGACGAAGAUUUGUAUGUUACCUUUUUGGCUUCCGCUAUUGAAUUAGGUGCUAGGUUACCACUAAACCCAAAAGAAGGAGAAGGGGUUGUUUUAAGACUUGGAAGUCAAUCGCCAUUAUCGAUGGAAUUACAAGAACUUCAAGAGGAAGUUAAACCAUUAUGGAAAAGAGUUUCUUGCCCAAGAGAUUAUAAAAGGACAACUGUUGAGAGGUUUUUUAGAGAUGCUGGAUUUGUUUUGGAUUGGUGCGCUUUUAGACUGUUGGAUGAUAACAGCUCUGCAAUGCAACAUUCCCAAGAAAAAGUCGAAAAUCCUUCUUCCUUAUUAGAACAAAAACUUCCCGAUAAUAAAUGGGUAGGAAUCGCGCGAAAAGACGUCCCCCAAAGAAACUACACCCACGAGUUUUUGGUCACUAUCUUAGUCCCAAUGUUCAUAAUGACUUUAUUAGCGAUUAUUUUAUCGUUGAUUUUGUGUUUCCAUCAUGAAGGAAUCUCAAAAGAAAUGGUGCACGUCCCGAUAGGUGAAAUGACUCAAUAUGCAACAAUAAAUAGGGUUACAUACACAUUAAGAAGUCUUUCGAAUCAACGAGAUUUCGCUUGUUUGUCACCUGAGAUGUAUGCGGGAGUUCGAAGCCAUACCAAUAGUCCUACUUCAACUAUAAGUAGGGGUGUUCAUUGUCGUCCAAGUCCACCACCAUACGUAAAACCAAAAUUUUCUGCCGAAUUCUGACGUGAAAAGAAACCAGGUAAAACCUGGUAUUGUUAAUGUUUAUAGUUUUAGACAUGAUUUAUCAAAUUUGAACUAGUAAUGACAUAUAUUAUAAAAUGGCAAUAAUCUUGUAUGUAAUCUGAACUAUAAAAUUAAUGAAAUUAAUAAUAUCUUGUUAUUAUUUAAAAAAAUCAUGUAUUACUAAACCUAGUCAUGUUUAUUAGGGAGUCAUUAUAAUAAGUAUUAAAUAAACAAAAAUUAUUAUGAAAAA